UGCACCACCCUCUUCCUUAGCCUCACACCUGUUUUUUUUCUUCUUUUGGUCCAAGGACACAGCCUGUUAACAAAAGGAUACCGCCUUCUUUUCCUCGAUAAAUAUUCUAGAGUUUCUUUGUUUUGAACAGGGGAAACCCCAUUUUUCUUUUGUUCGUUCAUUCUUUCAUUUGAGCUCCGGAAGUUGAAAGUUUUCAUUGGUUUUGGUGGGUGUUGGCAUUUCUUUCGGUGAUGGAAGGCGGGGAUAUAUAUAAAGCGAGCAGCAGUUUACGGGGCAGUUUACGAGCAGGUAGUUCUUCGAUAUGGAGAAGCAAUACUGUGGAAGCCUUUUCGAGGUCUUCCCGAGAUGAGGAUGAUGAAGAAGCUUUAAAAUGGGCUGCACUUGAGAAACUACCUACUGUUGCUCGUCUCAGGAAAGGUAUAUUGACUAGCUCUCAAGGUGGUGCCAAUGAAAUCGAUGUUCAUGACCUUGGAUGGCAAGAAAAGAGGACUCUGCUUGAGAGGUUGGUCAAAGUUGCAGAGGAAGAUAAUGAGAAGUUCUUGUUGAAGCUCAAGAACCGUAUUGAUAGGGUUGGGAUCGAUCUUCCCACAAUCGAAGUCCGAUUCGAACAUCUAAAUAUCGACGCUGAAGCUUUUGUCGGAAGCAGAGCAUUGCCUACCGUUCUUAAUUUCACUACUAGCAUAUUUGAGGGCUUCUUGAAUGAAGUGGGCAUUCUUUCUAGUAGAAAGAAACACUUGACCAUCCUCAACGAUGUCAGUGGCAUCAUUAAGCCGGGCAGGUUGACAUUACUUUUGGGUCCUCCAAGUUCUGGAAAGACAACUCUCCUGUUGGCUUUAGCUGGGAAGCUUGAUCCUGCCCUCAAGUGUUCGGGGAGAGUGACUUACAAUGGGCAUGGUAUGCAUGAGUUUGUGCCCGAAAGAACAGCUGCCUACAUCAGUCAAAAUGAUCUUCACAUUGGCGAAAUGACUGUGAGGGAAACUUUGGCCUUUUCUGCAAGAUGCCAAGGGGUUGGAGAUCGUUAUGAGAUGUUAGCAGAGUUGUCAAGAAGGGAGAAACAAGCAAACAUUAAACCUGAUCCUGAUAUUGAUGUCUUCAUGAAGGCAGUAGCAACAGAAGGUCAGGAAGCAAAUGUAAUUACCGAUUAUAUUCUAAAGAUUUUAGGACUGGAAAUAUGUGCUGACACAAUGGUCGGGGACGAAAUGUUAAGGGGCAUCUCUGGAGGACAAAGGAAGCGUGUCACAACAGGUGAAAUGCUGGUCGGACCAGCAAAGGCACUGUUUAUGGAUGAGAUAUCUACCGGUCUGGACAGUUCUACAACUUUCCAAAUUGUGAACUCGCUCAAGCAAACUGUUCACAUCCUUAAUGGAACUGCAGUCAUCUCGCUUCUGCAGCCAGCUCCAGAGACUUAUGAUCUUUUCGAUGACAUUAUUCUCCUUUCUGAUGGUCGAGUUGUAUAUCAGGGUCCUCGUGAACACGUGCUGAGCUUUUUUGAAUCUAUGGGCUUCAGGUGUCCUGAGAGAAAAGGCGUGGCUGACUUCUUGCAAGAAGUGACAUCAAGGAAAGAUCAAAUGCAGUAUUGGAUACGUAGAGAUCAACCAUACAGGUUUGUCACGGCCAAUGAAUUUGCUGAAGCAUUCCAAUCAUUCCACGUGGGAAUGAAACUUGGUGAUGAACUUGGAACCCCAUUUGAAAAAACAAAGAGCCACCCAGCUGCUUUGACAACCAAAAAGUAUGGUGUUGGGUUGAAGGAGUUGGCGAAGGCUUGCAUCUCAAGGGAAUAUCUACUAAUGAAGAGAAACUCUUUUGUUUAUAUCUUCAAGUUUAUGCAAAUCACAGUGAUGGCGUUUAUUACCAUGACACUCUUCCUGAGGACUGAAAUGAAAAGAGAUUCAGUUGAGGGGGGACAGAUCUAUAUGGGUGCUUUGUUUUUUGGCAUGAUUACGAUCAUGUUUAACGGAAUGUCUGAGAUUUCCAUGACCAUCGCUAAGCUUCCUGUCUUUUAUAAGCAAAGAGACCUCCUAUUCUUUCCUUCAUGGGCAUAUGCUCUACCAACAUGGAUACUCAAGAUCCCUAUCACAUUUGUGGAAGUUGCCAUAUGGGUAUUUUUAACCUACUAUGUCAUUGGGUUUGAUCCAAAUGUUGAAAGGCUGUUUAGACAGUACUUCAUCCUUGUUCUUGUUAACCAGAUGGCUUCUGGAUUGUUUCGGUUCAUUGCAGCAACUGGUAGAAACAUGAUUGUUUCUAACACUUUUGGGUCAUUUGCUUUGCUGGUGCUUUUUGCAUUGGGUGGCUUUGUCCUGUCACGAGAGGACAUAAAGAAAUGGUGGAUAUGGGGUUACUGGAUUUCGCCAAUGAUGUAUGGGCAAAAUGCAUUGAUGGUUAAUGAGUUCCUUGGCAACCAGUGGAACCAUGUGCGUCCAAACGUAACAGAAUCAGUGGGAAUUGAAGUUUUGAACGCUCGGGGCUUCUUCCAAGAUCCACAUUGGUAUUGGAUUGGAGUAGGGGCAAUGAUUGGAUUCACAUUAUUGUUCAACUUCGGUUUUACUCUGGCUCUUACCUAUCUAAAUUCAUUUGAGAAGCCUCGGGCUGUAAUAUCAGAAGACUCUGUAAGCAAUGAGCAAGAGAAUGGAGUUGGAGCUGGCGGAAGCAUUCAGUUAUCAAACUAUGAAAGUAGCUCAAGUCCUGCAACUAAAUCAGAGAUUCAAGAUGACAUUCGAAGAAGCACCUCAUCCAAGUCCUCAUCUAUGACUGAGGCAACUGUUGGUGCCCUUGGCAACAAGAAAAAAGGAAUGGUUCUUCCAUUUGAGCCACAUUCCAUCACAUUUGAUGACGUAAUAUAUUCCGUCGAAAUGCCACAGGAAAUGAAAGAACAAGGUGUCACUGAAGAUAGGUUGGUGCUAUUGAAGGGUGUUAGUGGUGCUUUCAGACCAGGCGUUCUCACAGCUCUAAUGGGUGUUAGUGGUGCUGGUAAAACCACUCUGAUGGAUGUGCUGGCUGGUAGAAAAACUGGUGGUUUUAUCGAUGGGAACAUCACAGUUUCGGGUUACCCAAAGAAGCAAGAAACAUUUGCUCGAGUAUCUGGAUACUGUGAGCAAAAUGAUAUUCACUCUCCUCAUGUCACUGUGUAUGAGUCCUUGCUCUAUUCUGCUUGGCUUCGACUGCCCCCUGAAGUCAAUGCUGAAACCAGAAAGAUGUUCAUUGAGGAAGUCAUGGAGCUUGUGGAACUGAAUCCAUUAAGGCAAGCACUAGUUGGCUUACCCGGUGUAAAUGGUUUGUCGACUGAACAGCGCAAGAGGCUUACUAUUGCAGUUGAGCUUGUGGCAAACCCCUCUAUAAUUUUCAUGGAUGAGCCAACUUCAGGGCUUGAUGCAAGAGCUGCUGCAAUUGUCAUGAGAACAGUUAGGAACACAGUGGACACUGGAAGAACAGUUGUGUGUACCAUCCAUCAACCAAGUAUUGACAUAUUUGAAGCAUUUGAUGAGCUACUCCUUAUGAAGCGGGGAGGACAAGAGAUAUAUGUGGGGCCAUUAGGACACCAUUCUAAACAUCUUAUCAAGUAUUUUGAGGGUAUCCAAGGAGUUAGCAAAAUCAAAGAUGGCUACAAUCCAGCAACUUGGAUGUUGGAAGUUAGCACAACUGCACAGGAAUUAGCUUUGGGUGUUGAUUUUGCUGAUAUCUAUAAGAAUUCAGAACUGUACAGGAGAAACAAAGCUCUUAUUCAAGAUUUAAGCAAACCUGCCCCAAGUACAAAGGAACUGUAUUUUCCAACUCAGUACUCUCAACCAUUCUUGACUCAGUGUCAAGCUUGCUUAUGGAAGCAGCACUUGUCAUAUUGGCGCAACCCACCAUAUACCGCUGUGAGAUUUCUCUUUACAACUGUCAUAGCAUUGAUGUUUGGGACACUGUUCUGGGACCUUGGCACUAAAACGAAAAGGCAACAAGAUCUGACCAAUGCAAUGGGUUCAAUGUAUGCUGCUGUUCUGUUUCUUGGCAUCCAGAACGCUGCAUCUGUGCAGCCUGUUGUGGCCGUUGAAAGGACAGUCUUUUAUAGAGAAAGAGCUGCUGGAAUGUAUUCCGCCAUGCCAUAUGCCAUUGGCCAGGUCUUAAUCGAGUUACCAUAUAUUUUUGUUCAAUCUGCUGUGUACGGCUGUAUAGUCUAUGCAAUGAUCGGAUUUGAAUGGACCGCUGCUAAGUUCUUCUGGUAUCUGUUCGUUAUGUACUUCACCUUGCUGUACUUUACCUUUUAUGGCAUGAUGGCUGUGGCUGUCACACCAAACCACCACAUUGCAGCGAUAGUUUCCUCAGCUUUCUAUGGACUAUGGAAUCUUUUUUCAGGAUUCAUCAUCCCACGACCUAGUAUUCCUGUGUGGUGGAGAUGGUACUAUUGGAUAUGUCCAGUAUCUUGGACCUUCUAUGGAUUGGUUGUUUCACAAUUUGGAGAUAUACAGGACACCCUUGAGGAUGGCAGCAACGGUGAGACAGUUGAACAAUACUUGAGAAAUGUCUUUGACUUCAAACAUGAAUUUCUGGGCGUAGUUGCAGCUGUAAUUCUUGGGUUCACAGUACUCUUUGGAGGAAUCUUUACCGUUUCCAUAAAGGUGUUUAAUUUCCAAAGACGAUAGAAUUGGUUUUUUUUUUUUUUUUAUUCUUUAUCCUCAAUGUAGAAUGUUUAAAGAUCCAUCCUAGUAAUGCUAGAGUAUUAUAAGGAAAGGAACAAGCAAAAGUUCCUGUUCCUGUACGUUAUAUUCCUAUAAAAAAUCUAAUGACAUUUGAAUUUUUAUACAUAAUUUAUUACAAAGUUACAAAUUCUUUCAUUGUAAUUGAGAUUUUGUUGUAUGUAACUAUGAAUCAAUGAAUAAACUCUUUAAUUGAGAUGAA